UCAACUAAAAGGAAUUUAAGCGAAAGCAACACAUAAAUGGUCAAAAAUUGCUAAAAAUCAUCCAGUGAGACGCCCGAAAAAGGACUCUACGGAACACCGAAGCAGCUGGUUACAUGGGGAAAGUCAGAGAAAGAAGGUUUCGAAUUUUUCCAACUCAACUAUAACUCUUUGCGACACUUUUCACAUCUUUCCAUCGCCGACUGAGCAAAAACAACGAAAAUGUCGAUAAAUAGCGGCAAUGGACAACAAGGCGGCAACCGAAACAAGAGAAUCAAGACCGAGAAUGAACAGAAUUCGCAAAAAGAUGACUAUCAGGAUAGGGAAACGGAUGAACAACAUGCGCAGGGACGUCCCAUGAAGCAACCGAUGAACAGAAUUUGUCGGGAUUUUGUGAGGGGGCUUUGUCGGAGGAAGUAUUGUCGGUAUCCUCACGUUCUUUCGCCGGAUCUCGUAGUCUUUUGUCACGAUUUUCAAAAUACUUAUUGUCCUCGAAUUAAUUGCAAAUUUCUUCAUUAUUCUAUCGAAGAUGAAGAACAUUACAGAAAAUACGGCGAAUUUCCACAGACAGAAGAUAAAGAUGCGCUUCCGCCUCCUCCGCCGCCACAAAUUUAUGACAGAUACAGUCGAGAUUUUCAUUAUAACAACAAUCCGAACAACAGACAACGAGAUAAUGAGCAACAAGGGCCGUUUUCGAGCAAUGGAUAUCGGAAUUAUGAUCAUUCUUUCAUGCCUCCGCGAGACUUUCUUAGAAGAGAUGACUUUGCCAAUGGUCUGAAGCGUCCUUCGAGCAACAAUGAACGAGCUUACGACGGAUUUAAGCGCUUUUGUAACGGAAAUGACGACGAUCAGCCCGAUAUUAUGGCAGUGAUAAGAAAAUUCGAAGAAGAACAAGCAAUGUUGCGUCGUCGCGUCGAAGCAAAUGAAGUAAAAAUCGCCGAAUUACGCGCCUCAAACGAAUUUCUGCUCUCCCAAAAUGCUCAGUUACGAAUGAACACCGUGCAAGUCUCUCGCGUUGUCUCAACCGUCACAAAUACCGCGCCCCAAGCUGCGGGACAGUCCCAAGCGGCAGUCAUUAACACCGUUUCAAUGGCUCCCGUGCAAAUGACGCCCAUUGUUAGUAUGACAACCGCUCAGCAACCGACAAUUAUUGCAAGUGCAAGUCCCCAUUUAGCGAUCGCCGCAAGCACAUCGCAAGGACAACUCACGAUAGCGCAGCCAAAUAUUAGUGCAUUAAACACAUCGACGCAGCAAUUGGCGCCCAUCAAUCAGAUAACUCUCACGCCAACGCUCGCGCAUCCCGGUCUCGCGACAAUUAACACGUCGCAGGGUCUCGCGAUGUCAAAUGCCACCAUUAUGACGCCAACGAUAAUGACACACAGCAUUUUGCCGCACUAAAAACCCUCCUCUCCCGCGAUAUUUAUUUGAAAUAUUUCCCUUUUUUAGUGUAAAAUAUAUUUUUCUGAAGUUAUAUUGAUGAAAAUUUUAGAAGUAAGCUUGUUGUAGAUAAUUUUUCAUCUCUUAAUCUGUCUCUCUUUCCCUCUUGUGAGUCGUUUUCUCGCAGCUUAUAAAACAUUUUUAGGAGAAAACGAUAAAAAUUUCUCAAAUGUAGUGACAAAAAAUUGUAAAAAAUAUUAAUGGUGAUUAUAUAUUGGAUAAAAACCAGAAAAAAAAAUAUUUACAGAUAAAUAGAAAUUAGAA